GAGCGUCCUAUCUAGACAGCAUUCAAGGCAUCAUAGACGCGUUUCUAAUCCUCCUCAUAAUGUAGCGGUAGGGCACGCGCCUGUGUUGCCCACAACGCUGCCUAGGUAGGCAGCUCACAAGGUUUUUUAACUACAGCCUAUGUCUCAGUUCCGCAAUUUAAAGCGGUAUCUGUCUCAGAAUGUGAGCAGGAUGUGUCAUUACUGGCGUUAUGGAUCUACAAAGCGAGCUGCUGAAGUCCAUCUGGUACGCGUUCACGUCUCUGGAUGUAGAGCAGAGCGGAAAAGUGUCCAAGUCGCAACUAAAGGUUCUCUCACACAAUCUCUAUACGGCGCUGAAUAUUCCUCAUGACCCUGUGGCAUUAGAGGAGCACUUUAAGGACAAUAACAAUGGGCCGGUGUCCAACCAGGGCUACAUGCCCUACCUCAACAAAUACAUCCUGGCAAAGGCCACAGAGGGGACGUUUAAUAAGGAAACCUUUGAUGAGCUGUGCUGGACAUUGACAUCGAAGAAGAACUUCAAGCCCAGCACUCAGCAGCGCCUGUGUUCACAGAAAGACUGCUUCAAACUCUUCUGUCUGUUCAACCUGCUCUCAGAAGACCGUUACCCAUUAGUCAUCAUUCAACCGGAGUUGGAGUACCUGCUGAAGAAAAUCUCCAGUGCAAUGAGUCUGGAUUGGGAUGGGACGUUAUUGGAGGAACUUUUGUCCCAGAAUGUUGAUCUUCAGGACGGCAUGUCAGUGUGGGAGUUCUUGGAACAUUUGAGUGCAGGCCAGCUUUUGCAUGUUGAGUGUAAGGAAGCCUUUAGUCUCGCUGUGGACGAAGUUUUCAUGGAGAUGUACCACAACACCAUCAAGAAGGGUUACUUGUUAAAGAAGGGGCACGUUCGCAGGAACUGGCAGGAGCGCUGGUUUGUUUUAAAGCCCAGUAGCCUGACGUACUUUGUCAACGAGGACCUGAAGGAGAAGAAAGGAGAGAUCCUGCUGGAGGACAACUGUGUGGUGGAGAAUCUCCCUGAUAAAGAAGGGCGACGCUGCCUGUUCUGUGUGAAGACCUACAUCAGGACCUAUGAGAUGAGUGCUUCAAACCUGAAACAGAGAGUAGACUGGGUACAAGCCAUCCAGACAGCGUUGAGAUUGAGGGCCGAGGGUAAGAGCUCUCUACAUCAGGAGCUAAAAUUGAGCAGACGCAAGCAGAGAGAAACCCUUCAGAGAAGCCAGAGCAACCAGAGUAACAACAGUGAACCCUUAGCAGAUGAGGUUUCGCAGGACUCCGCUUCGGAGCAGCAGGAGGAAACGGAGAGAUUGGAGCAACACAUCGAGAGCAUCAUUCAAAAACAGAGGGAGGUAGAGGCAAAACAUAAAGAGGAAGAGAAGCAGGAGCGAGAGAGACAGCAGACAGUACAGAGAGAUCUGGAGAGACAGCUCGAAGAAACUAAAGAGGCCAAGGAGAGGAUGACAACUACAUUGACUGAGAUGGAGAAAGAAGUACAGCAGCAGAAGAAGAGGAUCCAUGAAUUAGAGCUCACACAACUUAAACUGGAGGAGGCGCUCAACGCUCAGAUUCACGCCCGUUUAGAAGAAGACCAAGUCCGACUGGAACUAGAGAGGCAGCUUGCAGAGGAGCAGAACGCCCGUUUAGAAGAGGAUCGAGUCCGACGGGAACUAGAGAGGCAACUUGCGGAGGAACAGAAGAAACUUGCAGAACUUCUCCUCCUCCAAAGUCAUCUGGAAACUCUUGCUUUUAAGACUGAGGAUGAUUCCCCUAUCGCAACACGUCCCAUCACUCAGCAACCAGAGGAGAGCAGUCAACACAGCACAAAGGAGGCACCUAUCCAUGAAUCGACUUCCACUGCCGUGCCACCCAUCAUCCAGCAACCACAGGAGAGCAGUCAACACAACACAGAGAGAGAAUUGAUGAGUCAGUCUACUUCCACUCAACUGAUGAAACACUGGACAAUUCAGCUCAACCGCCUCAUGAAGCCCAUCGCACCAGGAGACAAAGGCGAGCAUCUGCCAGUAAAGCCCACCUGUCCCAGACAGGGCCAGGCCCUCACUAGCUCAGAGUUCAUUGCUAAGGUUCAAACAGGCGUCGGUCAAGAAAAAGGAAAUGGUUACAACCCAGCACCACCUGAAGAAGAGGAAGAGAAGGGUUCCUAAAUUUGUGUUCCUACUGUAUAUGUACUGUAUAAUAUUGUACGUUUUGUGCAGCAGGCUUGCCCUGUGUGUUUGAGUUUGGCUCAAAAGCACCUCACAGAUCAUAUAUGUACAUACUGAUCAGCUUGUUCAUUAUGUAUUAAGUAAUAUGCACAAAAUGAAUGGUAAAUAUACCAUUCAUAUUUUAAUAUAAGCGUUAAAAUCAGCAUUUUUGACUGUCCCAUUUCAAGGCUCACCAUUGGUAAAGUAUUUGAUGCCCCCCCCCCAUAAACUAUAUUAAUAGUAAAGUUACAGAAGUUUAAACAUUCAAUAACUGAAUGUUCUUUAGUAUUUACAAUCAAUUUAGAGGGUAUUUAUGGUUAAUAAAAAAGAAGUAAAGUAUUAAAGUAUAUGAACACAAUCAUUUCAGAAUGAAUAUAUAUAUAUUAAUUCUGAAAAGAUUGUGUUCAUCCCUCAUACUGAAUUUCCAAUACUGUGAAAAUCCUGGUUUAUAAAUAAAAAUGGGGGAACAAAUUAAACUGCGAAAUAUUAUGUCAGCUUAUAUCUUAGUUAUUUUAGCUCAUUUUAAUGCUUGUUUUGUCUCGUUUUAAAUUACAUUGAGAAGUACAUUUGUCACAAUGUGUAGUUCGUUGUGUGGUCAGUAGAGGGGGAGCUUGUUCUAUGGCUGUCAACAAACCAAACCAAUCAAUAGAUUUUUUUUUUUUCCUCUUUAUCCCGCUCAUACCUUACGGAUCAGAGGUCAGGAUCCAAAAAGUCGGAGAAGCCAAUUUUAUUUUGUAAAUCAUGUUUUUAAAAUGGACUGACCAUGUCUAAACAAUUAGGACACCACCUUUUUGCUUAAAAGCGAAAAGAAUCAUGCAGUCUAUUUAUAGAUCCGUGGAGGCCAGAAAGAAAGUACAGUUGAGUUUGUGGCUUUGAGGCUUCUGUUGAGAAUGAAUAAUGGUUCUCUCUGUUAGUUUUGGGUGGUCAUCAACAGACUGACUGUAAAUGAUAUUUUUGAAAAGUUGUGGCCGUGAUUUUUCCAGAUACAGAUCUUUUCCCCUUUUGGUUUGGAGGGUUUCUACCUGUGGGUGUAGAGAUUUGAGGUUGUGAUGAAAGGAAUUGUCAGGUCCAGAGAUCAGGAAAAAUAAAUGCAAUACUCAA